AUGUCUGUUUCCUCACUCUGGAUCCAAACACAGCACACACUCAACUCAUUCUGUCUGAAGAGAACAGAGAGGUGAAGAGUGUGAGAGAGAAUCAGCCGUAUCCUGAUCAUCCACACAGAUUUGAUGCAUGGCCUCAGGUGUUGUGCAGAGAGAGUGUGUGUGGACGCUGUUACUGGGAGAUUAACUGGAGUGGAGAAGAAGUGUGUAUAUCAGUGUCAUAUAAGAGCAUCAGGAGGAAGGGAACAGGUGCUGAGGUUGUGUUUGGAUAUAAUGCUCAGUCCUGGAGUUUGAUCUGCUCUUCCUCCAGAUUCUCAUUCAGACACAAUCACACACGCACUGAUCUCCCAGUGAAGGCGCUCAGCAGGAGAAUAGGAGUGUUUGUGGAUCACAGUGCAGGAACUCUGAUCUUCUACAACAUCUAUAGAGACACAAUGAGCCUCAUCCACUCAGUCCAGACCACAUUCACUGAGCCGCUCUAUCCUGGGUUUGAGCUUUAUUAUCCUGGAUCAUCAGUGAAACUGAGCUGAAGACUGAUGAGAGAUUUACCCAGAAUCCUCUACAGGAGCAGUCAGCAGCAGUGUGUGUGUGUGUGCGUGUGUGUGUGCGUGUGUGUGCGUGAGUGUGUGCAUGUGAAAGUGUCUGUAUUUGUGCUCUCAAAAAAAAAAAUUGUUGAAUGAACAUGAUUUAAUCGUGGCACCCUUUAUGCAUCUAAUCCAAUCAAGUAAACCUGAACUGCUUUGAACAUGUUGUAUGAACACAAAGCACAUUUGUAGAUAAAACAUGGUUUCAAUA